AUGGCUAUAGAAACACACCUUUAUGAUAUAUUACAGGUGUAUCCUUCGGCUACAUUAGAAGAAAUAUCUAAAUCCUAUAAGAAAUUAGCAUUAAAAUGUCAUCCUGAUAAGACUAAUCGUGAUCCUCAAUUAACUGAACAAUUUAAAGAAUUAACUAGAGCUUAUGAAGUACUUCGAGAUGAUAAUUCAAGAAAAUUAUAUGAUGAUUAUGGAGAAGCAGGAUUAGAUAGUUCAUUUCAACCACCUAUUCCAACUCAAAAUGUACAGUUUAGAAGAAAUGUUCCAAAUCCUCGAGCUCCAUUUCCUAACCCCACAGAUAUAUUCUCACAAGUAUUUAAUGAUAUUAAUAGUAUGUUUUCACAACAACCAGUAUUUGAUUUUGGACAAUCAUUUAUGCAAGAUACAAAUAAUGUAAAUAUGAAAAAAGUGGUACAACCAGCUGGAUCUGCUUUGGACCAACAAGUAUUCAUAUCAGGACAAGAUAUUCAUCAUACUUGUAAUGUUGAAUUAGGAGACUUAUAUUAUGGGAAAACAAUAAAAUUAAGAUUACCCAAAACUUGUAAAUGUGAAAAUUGUGAUGGUUAUGGAGGAUUUAAUCCUCGUACAUGUAGAGUUUGUCAAGGUUCAGGAAGAGUAACUAUAACUCAUUAUAAUCAAUUUUCUAGAUUUAGAAGAACAGGAUCAUGUGAACCUUGUAAUGGUACAGGAACAUUUGUAUCACCUAAUGAUAGAUGUCAAGUAUGUAAUGGUCAAGGUUAUAUGAAAGAUUCAAAGAUUUUAAAAAUUGAAGUUUUACCAGGAACUAAAGAUGGUGAUAUUAUAAUAUUAAAAGGUGAAGCAGAUGAAGGAAGAAAUAUUAUUCCUGGAGAUGUUAUUAUUCAUGUUAAAGAAGUUACACACCCAUAUUUGGUACGGAAAUUUAAUGAUUUAUAUAUGGAGCAUACAAUUGAUUUACGAACUGCAUUAUUAGGAGGGGAAAUAUUUAUACCAAAUUUCUUAGAACCAAAUCAAACUUUAAGAGUUUUUAUUAAUGUUCAUGGAUAUAAGGAUAUAAAUAAUUCAAUUCAUCUGUCAUUAAAAUAUGGUGAAGUUGUUGGAACCAUAAAUUCUGGUGAUCCAAAGAUUGUUAAAGGUUUAGGAAUGCCAAUUAAUCAUUUUAUUAAUCGUAAUUCAUAUGUUCAAAAUCCUAUGGAAGAUGAUGUAGUUCGAAAAAAGAAAUUAGAUAUUGAUACAUAUAGAAAGGGUAAUUUAUUUAUCAAUUUUAAAGUGACAUUACCUUCUAUAAAUGAGUUUGUAAAUGGAGAACAAGAUUUGGCAGCUUUAAAUAAUAUUUUACCCAUGUCUAGUUUAUCAGAAACGUCUAAUGCAAAUUUAAUUGGUGUAAAGGAUUCUUAUUUGGCUAACAUAUCAUUCUCAAGUAAGAAGAGAAGACCUAAUGAUUCUAUGAAUACAAAUAAUAGUUUCGCAGCAACAGGAGGAGGAGGAGGAGGAGGAGGAGGAGGAGGUCCAGAAAUCUUGAUUUAA